AUGGCUACGAUACAACGCUCUCUCUCAAGGCAAUUGCGCCUCUCUGGAAACCCGUUUAAGGGUGGCUCGCCCAUUCUUGGUUCCCGUCUCGGAAGAACCCGCGACUUCAGUAUCUCAACGCGUCGACCAACCGAUGGUGUCUUUCGCGCGCUGACAGAGAAUCGCGUCCAGACGCCAUGGGUUGAAGCGUUGCGCAAGAAGCAGCGGGAGGGCAAAGACCCUACUCAAGCUUCAGACAAAUCUAAGGUGCCUGCCGAUCGGAGAUUGGAACCCAAGAAAAUGUCCGACUCGUACUAUUCAGUGGUCCUUCCGCUGGCGCAAGAUCCAUGGUUACUCGACAGAUAUCUAAACUCUUCUGGCCACAUUCGGCUUGGAACGCUUUUUAUGGAUCUGGAUGCUCUCUCAGGUGUCAUUGCAUACAAGCAUACCGGUGAUGGAGUCACAACCGUCACAGCAGCUUGUGACAGGAUUGUCAUCCGCAACCCACUUACGGAGAUUUGUGAUCUCCAGUACAGCGGCCAGGUGACUUAUGCUACUGGUCGAAGCAGUAUGGAGAUAUCGUUGCAAGUUGCAAAGGCUCCCAAGGAAGGAGAGAAGGUAAAAGAAGAGGACGUCCUCAUGAACUGCACCUUUACCAUGGUGGCGCUUGAUCCAGGCACCAAAAGGCCAGUAAACGUGAACCCAGUCAUUGUUGAGACCGAAGAUGAAAAACGCCUGUUUGCAAUCGGCGAAGAAAACUCCAAGCAUCGGAAAGAGUUGAAGACAAAAUCUUUGACCAAGCACACACCAGAUAAUCUUGAGAGCGAUCUGAUUCACGCGUUGUGGCAGCAACAGCUCAAGUACAAUGAUCCAAAUGAUCCCACGCAGAAGCCAUCAAACGUCUAUGCGAUGCACAAGACGAAGCUCGAAACCGCAAGCAUCAUGCAGCCACAAUACCGUAACAGGCAUCACUUCAUGAUCUUCGGUGGCUUCCUACUGAAGCAGACCUUCGAGCUGGCCUUCUGCUGCGCCGCCUCUUUCGCACAUGCGCGGCCCACGUUCGUGUCACUGGACCCGAGCACGUUCCAAAACCCGGUGCCAGUCGGCAGCGUGCUAUACCUGACGGCCACAGUCGCCUACACGGACCCACCAAUCGUGCCUGGCGCGGACGACGGCGAGGAAGCGGCCAAGAGCAAGUACACCCGCGUGCAGGUGACGGUCGACUCGAGGGUCCGCGACGUUGAGCACGGCGAGACGAAGCCCACCGGGCAGUUCAACUACACCUUCACGGUGGAGAAGGACGUCAAGGUCAUGCCCGAGACUUAUGGAGACUUUAUCAUGUACCUGGACGCGCGCAGGAGAAUGAAGCGGGUAGAGUCCAGCAUGCAAGGCCACGGGCCCAUCCACGGUCCGGUCGAUGCCGGCGAGCUGGAAAGGCUCACGGAAUGA